AUGAGUCUUGUACAGAGAGAGCGUAUCCUCAACACCAUUGAGAAGGUGGAAGCCUUCUCCACUGGCCUGAGUGCAGCGGACACCACUUACAUUGAGCGCAACUUGGUACAAUCACAGCUCAAUACGUUGAUCGAUCUUCAAGCGAAGUUCGACAGUAUUCAGGACACUGUCAUAGGCCUGAAGUCGGGUCAAGAGAAGGACGAUGAGAUCUCCUACAAGGCAACCACCGCUACAAGAUGCUCAAGGAUCAUUCAGGAGCUUACCAGCCUGUUGAGUUACUACCCGAAGGAAGACCCAACUGUCGAUAUGUCGCCUUCUGGAACGUUGUGCCACCUGAUGAAAGAAAUGAUCCAACAAAACAACAAGUUUCUGGCCAAGCUCACCCUAAACGCAAGUACUCCUCCGCCCUUAGAUAGUCGCUCAAUUAGACUCCCUCAAAUAGAACUGCCCAAAUUUUCUGGAAAAUACUCUGAGUGGGUUCCAUUCAAAGAUCGAUUCAGAGCUUGUAUUGCAAAUCUCCCAAAUUUGUCAAAAGUUCAAAAACUCGAAUACCUAAAGUCUUCUCUGAGUGGAGAUGCCGCUUCCACAAUUGGCUAUCUUCCCACUACAGAGAGCAAUUUCGAUGUAGCUUGGGAGCUUUUGAAGAAUCGAUUUGAGAGAAAGUCAGAAAUUGUUGCUGAGCAUAUCCGUGCCUUUUAUAAUAUGCCAGCAGUCUCUCCCUCUGACCCCAAUGCCCUCCAACGCAUCACAAACAUUCUCUCUGAAUCCCUGUUAGCCAUGGACGCCAUUAAUGUCACAGGUCGUGACCCAUGGUUAAUUCAAUUCACUUUGGACAAAUUGGAUUCAGAGUCGCGGGUGCUGUGGGGCAGGCAGUGUGGAAAUGAAACUCCCACCAUGCGGGAGUUCCGUGCGUUCCUCAACCAAAGAUGCCUGGAUGCCACACAUGCUGCUACUGCUCCCACAAGGUCCAAUCCACGACCCAAUUCUUCCAAUGCUAAACCCGCCAAGAACACCAAGAGACCCGUGAAUGCGUUCCACACAACAGCAGCAACAUCCAUCUGCCAAUGUUGCAACCAAUCUGCUCACCCACUGUACAAGUGUCCUCAAUUCCUUGCACAGAACGCGGUUGAGAGAUUCGAGACAGUGAAGAAGCUCAGUUUAUGUCGUAACUGUCUUGCCCCACACCUCACGAGCACUUGUACAUUCCGCAAGUGUAAGAAGUGCCAAGGCCGGCACAAUAUAUUGCUACAUGAGAAGUUCGCAGGUGAAUCUGCUGCCACCCCGCCGGCUCAGACUACAGCGCCUGCGGCCCUCAAUCCAGCACCAACUGCCCCUCAGCCUGCGCCAACUCCAGGACCGUCAUCAGCCAACCAACCUGCUGCAUACACCGCAUCAGUCCAAUCUCAACAAGCUCUUUACUCUGGCCCAAGAGUUUUUCUUGCCACAGCCAUGGUGGAUGUGCUCACUGCCACCGGGGAGAAGGUUUCGUGCCGUGCAAUCCUCGACAGUGGAGCCCAGAUUUGCAUCAUGACUACCCACUUGUACCAGAAGUUGAAGCUCCCGAAGAUGCAUUCAGAUAUUUCCGUCGUUGGCAUAGGCAAUCAGGCAAAUCCAGUGAAGCACAAAGUCACUGUUACCAUUUUCUCACAACGAGGCGAUGAUUCCUUCUCCUUCACCUGCUAUGUACUCCCCAAGAUCUCAGGCAAUAUUCCCAACUGGGAUGUUGAUACCCAUGCAAUCCAGCCUCCAUCUCACAUCCCACUCGCUGAUCCAGAAUGGAAUAUUCCUCGCCCUGUCGACCUGCUGAUCAGUGGCGAUCCUUACUGGGCCAGUUGGUUGUCCAACACUAUCUCUCUAGGCACUGGUCUUCCACACCUCCGGGAGACUUGCCAUGGCUAUGUUAUUGUGGGUGAACACCAACCUCCUCCACAGGUUCGGUAUGUCCACCACGUCAAAGCCCUUCCCGUGCUGGAGGAAGUGUUGAGCAAAUUUUGGGAAAUUGAGGAGCUACCUGAAGAAGUGCCCAUCACAGAUCAACAGUUACAAGCAGAAGAACAUUUUUCCCAAACCUACCAAAGGGACGAAGAAGGAAGAUUCAUUGUGAGCUUACCAUUCAGGAUCCAACCUGAUGUUUUGGGAAACUCCCGUCCACAGGCCGUGCGACAAUUCCUGGCGUUGGAACGUCAGUUUGAUAAAAAACCCCAGUACAAGAAGUUGUAUACCGAAGUGAUGAAUGACUACAUGGACCGCAAAUGGCUAGAGCCAGUCCCUGUUGAAGAACUCAAUGCUCCGAAUUACUACAUGCCUCAUCAUGGGGUCAUGAAGGAAUCCAGCACUACGACUAAAUUAAGAGUCGUGUGCAAUGCCUCAGCCAAGUCAUCUUCAGGUUACAGCUUGAAUGAACUGCUACUCAUAGGCCCCACAGUUCAGCCAGAAUUAGUCAUCAUUUUGUUAAGGUUCCGCCUAUACCAAUUUGCUAUGACGGCUGACAUUACCAAGAUGUAUCCGCAGCUGAGAAUUGAUCCUCCGGGUGCCAAUCGCCAGAGAGUGGUAUGGAGAAGUUCUAAGGAUCAACCAAUCAGAGAUUAUCGCUUCGUACGAGUUUGUUUCGGUGUAGCAUCGUCUCCAUUCUUAGCCACACGCGCACUGAUUCAGCUUGCCAAUGAUUACGAGGCGGAAUUCCCAUUGGCUGCCAAAGCCCUGCGAUCCAACUUUUACGUCGACGACUGCCUAGUCUCAGUGAAAUCACUUGAGGAAGCACAGGAACUUCAGAGGCAGCUUAUAGAAGUACUUCGUCGUGGAGGAUUUUCUUUGACCAAAUGGACAAGCAACCAUAAGGACCUACGUCCUGAAGAAACCGGCGAGAUUUAUGCUGGAAUAUUUUCCGCGGCUGAUUACAUUACAAUGGCGCUUGGUCACACUUGGGACUCCAUUGUGGACCAAAUCAAAUUCCAGGCUCCUGUUGAUGCCUCAAUGGAGAUUAAGUCGAAGAGAUCCUUGGCCUCGGCCAUUGCCCAACUCUAUGAUCCUCUUGGAUUAAUAGGCCCAGUCGUCGUUGAAGCUAAAAUCAUGCUCCAAACCUUGCAUGAACUCAAGUUGGGAUGGGAUGAAGCUGUGCCUUCAGACAUUCAAACCCAAUGGAAAUCAUUUAUCAAAGCGCUGCAGGAUAUUAAACGUAUGUCCAUUCCUCGAUGGACUUCCAUUUUUUCUCACCCUUCACGCACUGAACUUCACGUCUUUUGUGAUGCCAGCACUCGUGCCUAUGGAGCAGCUGUCUACAUCGUGACCAGUUAUGAGGGGAACUAUCAUUCAAGUUUAUUCUUAUCCAAAUCUCGAGUAGCCCCCCUGAAACGACGCACCAUCCCACAGUUGGAACUAUGCGCCGCAGUACUGGGUGUUGAGACCAUUGAUAAGUACAAGGAGGCUGCUGAAUUUGAUGCUAUUCACUAUUGGAGUGACUCAACCGUUGUUCUGCAUUGGAUCAAUAGUCCUCCAGAUUCUUACAAGGUUUUCGUCGCCAAUCGUAUCAAGCGCAUUCGUGCUUUGACUGAAGUCCCACAAUGGCGUCAUGUUAGCACUGGGGAGAAUCCUGCGGAUUUGGUAUCCCGGGGAGCCUCACCAUCAGAGUUAAAGUCCACUGACCUUUGGUGGAAGGGUCCCGAGUGGCUGCAACGCCCAUCAAAUUCUUGGCCGGCUCCGUUCAACCCAUCAGGUCAACCAGUAGACCCAGAAGGAGCUUGCUUCGUCACCACGACUUCAGAUGAAUCCGACGAUUUAUUCGAUAUGCUUUUGCUCAAGCAUUCUUCUUUACCCAAAAUCCAGCGCAUUGUUGCCUAUUGUUUUCGUUUCCGCAGCUCAAGACAAAAUCCUCAAGUUACGCCAGGCAGUGCAGUUGGAGCAGAUGAGAUGGAAAGAGCACUACUUUGCCUUAUCAGGAAUGAUCAGAAGACAGCCCUACCCGAACUGUACAGAGAUUUGCAGAACAAUCAGCCAUUAUCUCGCAAGUGCAAGUCAUUCUUGAAACUCACCCCCUUCAUGGAUCAGGAUGAACUCAUCAGAUGUGUGAAGUGCUAUCGCGCAAAACCCAAACCUCUUGAUCAACUCAUGGGGAAUUUGCCGGAAUCUCGUGUGAAUUAUGUUAGGCCCUUCCAUUCCGUUGGUAUAGACUUCGCGGGACCCAUUCAGAUGCUAUCUUCGGCCACCCGGGGAGCUCACUCUAGAAGAACGGGAACUCAGAAGGCCUACAUUGCUAUCUUUGUGUGCAUGGCUACCAAAGCCGUACACCUGGAGGUCGUUACCUCGCUCUCCACGGAAGAUUUCAUUGCUACAUUGAGAUGUUUCACUGCAAGAAAAGGCACACCCAGACACAUCUAUUCCGACUGUGGGAAGAACUUUCAAGGAGCUGCAAAUGAAAUUGUCCGCCUAUUCAAUCAAGAGACCGCACAACAGGAAAUUGUGAAUCGCACUCAGGAAGAUGGGAUAGUGUGGCACUUCAAUCCACCCGCAUCUCCACAUCACGGUGGAUUGUGGGAGGCGGUUGUGAAAAGCACCAAAUAUCACCUUGUGCGUGCCACUGGUGGUCUCCCUCUAACACAUGCAGAGUUGAAUACCAUUCUCUGUCAAAUAGAAAUGGUUCUGAAUAGCAGACCCAUAUGUAUGUUAUCUACAGACCCAAAUGAAGAAAGUUUCCUUACCCCCGGACACUUCUACCUUGGUGAACCAGCCAAUGCCUUACCCAAUCCCGACGUUACCCAUCUGCCGGAGAAUCGUCAAUCUUAUUGGCAACUUUGUCAAUCACGCAGCCAGAUUUUUGCGAAGAAAUGGAGGCACCAAUACCUCAAUACACUUCAACAGAGACGCCGCUGGCAACAUCUUCGCAGGAAUCUCAAGGAAGGGGACGUGGUUCUCCUUUAUGACGAUACCAAUCGAGAAUCUUCCAAGUGGUUGCUUGGCAGGAUUAUUUCAACUACUCCGGGGACGGAUGGAUUGGUUCGUGUGGUGUCAGUGCGAACAAAGAAAGGUACUUACCAGCGUCCUAUCACAAAAAUCGCCGUAUUGCCCAUCAGGGACAAUGAGGAUGCUCCACGAGAGGUUCCAGAGGAGGUUCCCGAAGGAUCACACUAG